AUGGAUACUACAAUAACAAAUAUUCCAGAUAAUAUAUUAACACAAUCAUAUCCUGGUGAAAUAGUUGUCACAAUGGAUUCUAAUUCAUCCCCAAUUUGUCGUGCUUGUUUAGCUGACAAAAACCUACAAAGUUUAUUCAUCGAACAAAAACAAUUAUCAGAAAAUGAGAAUUUAAUCCUAAAAAUGUUCAUUUCCUGUACAGCCCUCGAAGUGUCCCCAGACGACGAGUACCCCAAAUACAUUUGUGAUUUGUGUCUUCGAGACUUGUACAAGGCCUACGAAUUUUGGACGAAAUGUCGAAACUCUUUACAGGAAUUGGAUAAACUCAAAGGUAAAAUACAAAGUGUUUAUAUUAAAGAAGAAUUUAAAUCUUUAGGUGAUCCAAAAGAUGCUGAUACAAAUAUUUGUGAUGAUGAUAAAGUUGUGAUGGAUGUGCAAAACAAAAAUGUACAUGCAAAGUUAAGUAGUAAGGUUUUCCGAAAGACUAGAGUUAAGAAAGUUAAAGAAGACCAGGAUGCUGCUGGUGUAGUAAAACAAGAAUUAGACGAUGUUAUGGAAUUGGAUGUACAAUCUAAUCAUUCUAAUCACAGUUAUCAUGACGAUAUUGACAAUAUCAGUAACUGUGAAUACAACAUCCAUAAUGACAUCAAAAAAGAGCCCCAAGACUCCAACAAUUCACACAAAUGUACCACUUGCAACAAAAGUUAUAAAUCAUUAUACUACCUAAACAUGCACAAAAAGAAACAUUCCGGUGAACAAGUAAAACCAACCUCAAGUAUAAUCCAUUUAUGUCAACUAUGCGGUGUAGUCUUAGCCUCCAGUAGAAAUCUACGAGAACAUCUAGAAUCCCACGGUGAUUUAAGAAAAUACACUUGCAAAACUUGUGGAAAGUCCUACAAAACCAAAAGAACUUUAUACGCACACAUGGAAAUCCAUUCUAAAGAAAAAAGACACACUUGUGAACAUUGCGGUGAGAAAUUUAAAGUCAAUCAUUCCUUAAAGUGUCACAUAAAACGUCGACACUCUAAUGAAAAACCUUAUGUAUGCCAUUUUUGUUCGAAGGCUUUCAAGUUUUCUUACAAAUUAACUGAGCAUGUCCGGCAGCAUACGGGUGAAAAGCCUUAUCCUUGCAAGGAGUGCACAAUGGCAUUCACAAAUGCCGCUAGAUUGAAUGAACAUAUGUUGAAGCAUACAGGGAUUAGGAAUUAUUCUUGUCAGAUUUGUGAUAAACGGUUUUUGAAGCCCCAACAUUUGAGGGUGCAUAUGGUAACGCACACGGGGGAGUGUAGACAUAAGUGUAAAAUUUGCGAGAAGGCUUUUAAGUAUCAACAGAUGCUGAAGAAUCAUAUGAAAGUGCAUAGUGAAGAACCUACCAUGUAA